GAAGAUGAGCGAUGGCAAUAGAAAACAAACCUGGAGACGAUUUUGACACCGUUUUCGGUCAAAAUGACUCCUUAGAGCUCUCCUCCCAGCACGACUAUGAGACUGCGCAGGCUCGGAUAUUCAAGAUAAUAGUCAUAGGAGACUCUAACGUGGGGAAGACGUGUUUGACUUACAGGUUUUGUGGGGGCACUUUCCUGAAAAACCCCGAGGCAACGAUCGGGGUCGAUUUCAGAGAGAGGACGCUGGAGCUCGAUGGGGAGAGUAUCAAGUUGCAGAUCUGGGACACGGCCGGUCAGGAGCGUUUCAGGAAGAGCAUGGUGGAGCACUACUACCGCAGCGUCCAUGCCGUCAUCUUUGUCUAUGACGUGACCAGCCUCUCCUCCUUCGAGAGCAUCCCCGAGUGGAUCGAGGAGUGCAGCCGACACUGCGUGGGGCCCCUGGUGCCCCGCAUCAUGGUGGGCAACAAGUGCGACCUGAGGGACCGCCGGGUCGUCCCCACCUCAGCCGCACAGUGUCUCGCAGACAGCUACAACUUUCCUCUGUUUGAGACGUCAGCCAAGGAACCUUCUGAGAAGGAACACGUUGAUGCCAUCUUUCUGACUUUGGCUUAUAGACUGAAGAGCCACAAACCCCUGAGACUGAAGCAGCCGAGUGAGAGCAACCUCAGGCAGCUGUGGAGUCAGAGAGAGCAGGAAACAGGAAUGUGUCAAUGCUGAGGUUGCCUCCAUCCUGUGUGGAGGUGUGUAGAUCAUCACAGCUUUCAGUGUUUCGUCCUGACGCUGAGACUGAAAUCAGAAAGACAUCUUAUGAUCAUGAGAUAGAAAAGGUUUUACAUUUUCCCUGCCUGCUGCAAGGUAUAGCUUGUGACAGUAUGGGCCUGUAAGUUUGCACAAUAUUAAGUCAACAUUUCAGUGAAAUGCAUGAAUGAAUACGGAGGUAUGCCAAAACAUUUGUAGCUCAAACUGCACAUUGAAUCACUUUGAGUCAAAUAAAGAAAAGAGCAUUGCAGAGUGCACUUUAAAACAUAGACAAAUUAUAUGCAAUCAGCCGUCUAGUAGCACUACAACAUAUCUGCAGCAUACGACGCAGGCAUUGAAUUAAGAAACCGAUUUCAGUGUAAGUAAAGGGACCAAUAAGGUAAAUUGAAACUGUGAAAAAAAGUGCAAUCAUUUUGCUUUAAGUUAUAUUUUAACGUGAUAUUUCAGUUUUUAAAAAAUGUAAAUGCAGCCUGAGUUGUGGUGCUGUUGCUGAACGUGUAUUUCUCAAAUAUAAGUAUGAACAUAACCAGCUUUGUGUCAGCUCAUUCGCCUACACACUUCUCUCAAUGAAAAAAUGUCUUUUGGGAGAAAAUGAGUGAACACAUGCUCAGCUGCGUUUGAAAAUUGUGAUGCCGGAAGGUACUGAUGACACGAAAUAAAAUCACAAGUGACUGACGCUUCUUUUGCAUGUGUACAAUAAUGCAAACACUUUCCAGCAGUAUGGGGAUUUGUGAGAAUGUUAAGCUGCAAUUCAAUAAAAGUGGUUUCAUCAGUGUGAUUUAAAA